AAAUUAAUUAAUAUACUCAAAUUACUGUUGAAAAUUAAUGAAGAAAUCAAAUUUCUCCAGAUUAACAGGUAAGUAAAACAACAUUGUACAAUAGAAAUUUUAUGAUUGAGAAAAAGCAGCUGGUAUAUGUAAACUUCACUAGGCAAUCGAAUAUUAAUAAGAAAACCGUACUCUUUUCCGUUGCUAAAAAUUGGACCGCAUGCACAAUAAGUAGCAUCACUGGACUAUUCGAUAUGAUUAAUAUUAUCACAUUUUUUAGUCGCACAUUCAAUACACUUGCGUUCAAGUCGACGAUCAUUUCUAAAAGGGUCAGCUUGUUAAACGCUAUUCAUUUUCGCUUACAUUAUAUUUAUACGAGACAUAUAGUUAUUGUAGGUGUAUGUCAGUCAUGGAAACUCGUUUGAUUGCUAUGUCGAACAUAAUAGGAAGAGCGGGAGCGUUAUAUGAAAUAUUAAUUUAUUCUCCGCGACGGGAAAGACUGCGCGAGGGAGAGUUUACAUCAGAUAUUCGAGCGAUGUUGUUGUGGCAAACAGAUAUUAUUUCGUUGAAAAAUAUGGAACAGAAUAGGAAUUAUUAUUACGAUAUUGGUAAAAGAUACUUGUGGAUGAUCGGUCAGUGGCCUUAUCAGAAGCCGAGAAUGAGAUUAUCCUUUUUGGCUUUGGUAGUCAUAGUUUUGGCUAAUUGUCUUUUUACACAGAUAGCACAAAUUUUUGUAUGCGAAGAUACACAGUGUAUCUUUCAAACUUUACCUCCCCAUUUGUUGGUAUGGAAUUCUCUAGUAAAAGUGCUCGCAUAUCGAUUUAACAGCGAGAAAAUUAAAGAUCUCACUGAUCACUUAUUCGUAGACUGGGAUACUCUUGAGACUCAGGAAGAACGUGAGAUUCUGAAAAAAUAUGCCGAGAAUGGCAGGUGGUACUCGUUGAUAUAUGCCUCGUACUGUUAUGUAUCUACCGUUUCAUUUAUAACAACUUCUCUCGUACCACGUAUCAUGGACAUCGUAUUUCCUUUAAAUACUUCACGUCCAAUAAUGUUAGCAUAUCCAGCGCAUUAUUUCGUUAACGAAGAGCAAUAUUUCUAUUUUAUUUUUUGCCAUAUGUUAAUUACUGCCUUGAUAUGUAUGACCGGAUUAAUUGCGCACGAUUGCAUGUUUUUUAUUUACAUCGAACACGUUUGCGGCCUUUUUGCAGUGGUCGGAUUUAGAUUUAAAAAUGCAUUAGACAAAUGUGAUAUCGCGAGAAGUAGUCUGAUUGAUUGUCCGGAUAAUUUAUAUCAUAAAAAUAUUACAUUUUCGAUUCAUGCUCAUCGAGAAGCUCUGCAAUUUGCAAAACUCAUUGAAAAUGCUUUUUCCGUACCAUUCGCCAUUCAACUUAUGAUAUCUACAAUGUCUAUUAGUGUUAGUUUACUUCAAUUCUCGAUGCAGUUGAAUGAUUUAAUGGAAGCGAUGAGAUACUUCGUCUACAUACUUGCUCAAUUAUUCCACUUAUUCUGCUUCAGCUUUCAAGGACAAAAACUGAUAGAUCAUAGUAUCGAAAUUUGUGACAAGAUAUAUAAUAGCGCGUGGUAUGAGAUACCUGUGAAGGGACAAAAAUUGCUUUUGUUUACUAUGAGAAAAAGCAUCGAAGCCAGUACUUUAACUGCCUGCAAGAUAUAUGUAUUUUCUUUGCAAAAUUUCACAACGGUUCUGCAAUCAGCGAUGUCUUACUUUACGGUGCUAGCAUCCUUCAGUGAAUGACUUGACGGUGAUAUAGCAUACGUAGUGAAAUAAUGCUGAAAAGUCCUGCAGGAGUAUAGUAUUCCAAAUUAUAUUAGAAUUAAUAUAUUUAUAUUUUAUAUUGUUUAAAAUAUGUCAACCUAAAAACAAAAAAAUUUUAUUUUGUUAUCGAUAUUUCUAUACAUAUCUACUCAACAA